AUGGCGUCCCCCGCGGUGCAGAAGCGCGCGAACGUCGUAGUAUCCAGGGUCGUUCCGGUUGUGUUACUCGGUGCUGUGAUCUACGCUACUUAUGCGAUCACAAAGCCAUUAUGUAUCGACUAUCUCAUUGAUCCGACAUCUUCUCAUCACCGAGGCCCUCGAGUCGGCGCUGGCGCCGCGAUUCUCGCCGUCUAUUACGUUCUUUUAAUCCCCAUGGUCGGCACAUACAUACGACUUUAUCUUACGGUCCUGUGGAAUCCCGGAAAUCUACCACAGGGUGAAGAAAAACUUGCAGAUGAUGAGAAAAGGAAGCGAUCGAAACGAUCGAAGCGCUGGCGUGGGAAGAUCGGCACACCCAAAAGCGAUGCGGAGAAGAUAUCCCAGGCAGACGCGGAUGUGGAGCGAGGCUCGAAUACCACUGCCGUAGGCAGCUCAGAUCAAACAGACGUCAGCCUGGCGAGCUUCUACACCAAGAAUGUCUUCGUCUGUCAGGAGGAUGGUCGCCCCCAAUGGUGCUCGAAAUGCUGUCAGUUAAAGCCAGAUAGGGCGCAUCACUGCCGCGAAACGCGUCGCUGUGUGCGCAAGAUGGACCACUUUUGCCCCUGGGUUGGAGGUGUCGUCUCUGAGACUUCGUUCAAAUUCUUCCUUCAAUUCGUUUUUUAUACUGCCGUCUUCUGCAGCUUCACUCUCAUCGUGUUUGCCUUCUUCACAGCAGAGAUUAAACGUGACACCGGAGGAGUAAACCCCCACUGGUGUGUCUGCAUUGGACUGAGCGGCCUUUUCGGAUUCUUCACCGCGGGAAUGACUUCGACUUCUCUUCAAAUGGCUAGUAUCAACGUCACAACGAUCGAAAACCUAAGCCGGCACAAAACUGUCUGGACUCUAGCUGUCCGCGUCCCAGAAUACCUUCUCGAACGACUCUGGGCACCCGAUUCCCCCUGGGCUCCGACGUUUCGCAUGGUUAGCUAUCCACCCCAGCAGGUACCGUCGUCGGAGACCCAGCCAGACAUGGCAAAUACACCGACGGGCGAACGCCACGUCUUCGCCAUUCUCCACACGAAACCGGGCGAGAAUCCCUUUGACCUAGGGAGCCCGAUCAAAAAUCUUCAGCAGGUAAUGGGAUACAGCGUUCUUGAUUGGCUGCUGCCGAUCAAACCGAGCCCAUGUACGGACCACAGUAGUAUGGAGAGCCACUUUGCCAUGGGUCCCGUUGUGACCCGCCUGAGGCAGGAGGCAGGACUGCUGGUGGCCCCGCCUGAGAACGGGGCUGUUCCAAAGUCCCCACAUUCGGGGCGUAGUCAUGAGGGAAGUCUUAGCAGUCAAUAG